AUGUCAAUCCCACCUUACCAGUGCCCGCAAGGAAAGAGCUCCCCGAAAGCCCAACUCAUGUGCCAAAGAACCUGGCCAAAUCGAGAUUCUGCAGCUUCGCGUCAGAGGAACCGAUGCUGCGGUGUCAUGUCGCCUAUCCCUAGAGAGCAUUCGGACCGGGGGUUGAGAAACAAUGCACAGGGCGAGAAGAAGUUCAACGGGUGCGUCUUCGUAGUCUCUGACAGACCGCCAACGUUCACUUCGAGUACCAGUGUCGCCGCCGUCUUACCUGUCAUAUCGUUGAAAUGGAGCACUGAGAUACACAGCGCGGAGGCUGAGCUGAGGCAGGCACGAGCGAUGAUCGGAGCCUCCGUGAGUUACCGUCACACAUUGGCACACCUAACCGCUAUCAUCUUCGUGCUGCUAUCAUCUUUGCUGGUCUCGGUGGUAUCUGUGGAUUGGAUGGGUUGCCCAAAGCUCUCCGCCCGUUCUCCAAGGCCCACCGGCGGUAAUUAUUGCUUUUUCAGCCUGGCUGCUCAGUCACGGGAAGUCGUCGUGGGGAGCACCGGCGGAAUCAGUGCACAGCCAUCGUGCUGCAAGGAUACGAUCAAGGCAAACUACAACGUGGUGACACAUUAA